GCGCAACGCACUAGCAACAUAUUAAACCAGCUCGUACAAGGUACGCGUCGUAAGUUCUGCGUGUUUAACUUUGCAAAGUUUCGCGCCAAAGUGACGCUCCCGUAUGAGGUAUUGAGAACGCGUUAAAAAUUUGUGCACCGAGCCAAACAAUUUUUGUGGUGUUAAUUGUUACCCCCUUUUGGGUUGUUGGCAAAUAAAAACAAAUAUGGAUUCGUGGGGCAUUUUAAAUGUGGAUACCGCAGCGGCUGCUAUAUCCCGAGAUGAUAUGCACAGUAGUUUUAGAAGGAAAGAAAUUAUGACUAUAGAAAAACUACCGGAUAAGGUGUUGCUCAAUAUAUUCUCAUAUUUAUCUCAUCGAGAAAUAUGUCGUAUGGCAACAGUAUGCAAGCGAUGGCGUAUGGUCGCAUACGAUACAAAAUUGUGGACCCACGUCAGUCUGAGACCUGAAAUAUCAGGAUUACAUGUGGGCUCAUUGGAAUCCCUAUUAGCAUUGAUAUCUAUAAGGUUCGGACCAUCGCUUCGAUAUAUUGAGCUACCCAUAGAACUAAUUACACAUACAGUUCUACACGAACUUGCAGCGAAAUGUCCAAAUUUGACGCACAUGUUACUUGAUUUUAGUACAGCGAUGCAGCUUCACGACUUCUCCGAGAUGCAAGCUUUUCCAACAAAACUUCGUUAUCUUUGCAUAUGUUUGUCAGAAGUCAUCUUUAUGGAAGGCUUUAUGAGGAAAAUUUACAAUUUCAUCAAUGGAUUAGAAAUAUUACAUCUUAUUGGCACAUAUGAGAAGGUAGAAGAAGAAGAAGAAGAAAUAUAUGAAGUAAUCAAUGUACAUAAGCUUAAAUCUGCCACACCUAAUCUGCGCGUGAUUAAUUUGUACGGUAUCAACUUUGUAGAUGACUCACACAUCGACGCUUUCAGCUCGAAUUGUAUACAAUUGGAAUGUCUCGCUGUAAAUUAUUGCAACAAAGUAACAGGCUCUACAAUGAAGACACUAUUCCAACGUUCUAGAAGACUCACCUGUUUGCUCAUGAACGGAUGCAGUCUCCAUUCGGAGCACGUAAUGCAAGUUGAAUGGGAGAAGUCAUCUAUCCAGGAAUUGGACGUGACAGCGACGGACUUGUCAACGGAGUGCCUCAUCGACAUGCUCACAAGGAUCCCUAACUUGAGGUUUUUGAGUGCUGGUCAGAUUAAUGGUUUCAACGACUCGGUAUUGAAGGCCUGGAUAGAAGCCGGUACGGCGAGGAACCUGGUAGCGCUGGACGUAGACGCGUCGGACAACCUGUCGGACGAGGCGCUGCACCGCUUCCUGUCGCGGCACGGCGGACAGCUGUGGGGGCUCGUGAUGAGCGGGAUGCCGCACAUCACAGACCAGCUGUGGCAGAGCGUGCUGCAGCUGCUCACCAACGCCAAAAUACUCAUAAUGGGAACGCAAGAGCGACUCGGUGUUAACAUUCACGUUGAUCAGUUAAUGGACGGUAUAGCAAACAGCUGCCCUAACUUGGAGCGUCUCGAGCUGAGGUGGGAUCCAGAGAAUCUCAGGUUCAGUGACAAGAGUCAAAAAGCUAUUGAUAUACUACGUGUCAAAUGCUUAAAGCUAAAAUGCCUUGUUCUGAGCGAUGGUCGGUAUUACGAAAUCGUAAAAGCGAACUUCGAGCGCGCUGACCGGACCACUGUAGUCAGGACGUCGACCAAUUGCAGAGUUUCAAACUAUUACUUACUAUCUAAUUAUAAGGAACUUGUGUUUAAUUAAUCCUUCGCUGUAAAAAGAUUGUUAUUAAUUUAAAAGAAGUAUAUUUUUUUUAUUAAAAAAAAAACUUAAUGCGUCAUUCAUGCCAAUUUCUAAAUUAAUGAAAAUUUUAAACGUCGUUAGUCAUUGACAGAUGUCAAAUGUCAUGUUUGUGUUGAAUCAAGAUUGCCAGUCAAUCUAGUAUUCUCAUUGUUCUUGAAAUACCAUAAACCUAUUUCUAAACUAGCGUAUUUUAAUCAUCGAUGUCGCAUUGCACAUGAUUGAAUGACGCCUUAUUUUUAAUUAUUUUAUUUAAUUAAAUAGGAAGCCAACGUUAUGUAUUAGGAAAAACAUUGCCUUAUUACUUGUACGCAAAUAUUGUUACAAAAUAUAUAUCAAUUAUAAGCUAACUUAACAUUAAAAAAUAUUAUUAUUUAUUGUAAGACAGUUAACUGGCGACAUUAUGGAUAAUGGUCUUCUCUGCCCAUAGACACUGUAAGGAAUAUUUGAAACCACGUCAUAACUUGGUAAUUCUUUCUCGAUAAUUUGCUACCAGAAAGAAAAACAAUUUAUUCUAAAUAUGAUUAUAAGGUUCUUUCAUGAGUAUGACCAACAAUGUUAAAAUAUUUGACAUAAAAAACUUUUUACUGGAAAAUUAUUAAAUUAUUACUGACUAAAUAUCCAAAUGAUAUCGAAUGAAUAUUACAUUACUUAAAAUAAUUAUGCAACUAAGACUAAUUGAGGCUUGUUUUGCCAUUGUUUUAUAAGAUUAUGUAUGUAAAUAAAAUAAUUAAAAUACAAUACAAUGUAUGUAUCGAUAAAUACGCACAUUGAAAUUGAUUUAUGUUAGCAAACUUUUUUCUAACAGUAGGGAGGAACAGAGACACGCUUAGUGUGCGAGAGUGACGGUACGAGAUCGCAGGUUAUUUUCAAUUAUUUUUAUGACGCGGGGUAUACACACGAAUUUUCUUAUAAUUAAGACUUUUAUUGUAUUAUUAUUAGUAAGUGUUUUUUUAUAGGUCUAGUUCAUAAUCCUGCACUGUGAUUGGUUAUCACAUGGUACAACCAAUUCAUAACUUUAAAUCGCAUUAGCAAUUUAAUUCAUUUUGUUUACCUGGUUUGAUUGUAGUAAAGAUAAUAAAUGAUUGAAUUGAAA